AUGAGAUCGGCUUGUCUCUCUCUGCUCCUGGUCACCGCCUGUUGGGCGCUUCCAUUCCGCCAAUCUGGCUUCCUGGACUUCAUGAUGGAGGACGAGCCCGGCUCCGGUUUGCCCGAGUCGCCCACUCAGGUGGAAGAAACCAUGAUGUUCCCCGAAGGACCCAGGUGCCCAUUCCGCUGCCAGUGCCACCUGCGUGUGGUCCAGUGUUCCGACCUUGGUCUGAAGGAGGUUCCCAAGGACAUCCCAGAUGACACCACCCUGCUCGAUCUGCAGAACAACAAGAUCACCGAGAUCAAGGAGAACGACUUCAAGAACCUCAAAGGGCUGCACGCGCUGAUCCUGGUGAACAACAAGAUCAGCAGCAUCCACGCCAAGGCCCUCAACCCCCUGACCAAGCUGCAGCGACUCUACCUGUCCAAGAACCAUCUCAAGGAGAUGCCGGCCAACAUGCCCAAGAGUCUGCAGGAGCUGCGCAUCCACGAGAACGAGAUCACCAAGAUCAAGAAGGCCUCCUUCCAGGGGAUGUCCCACGUCAUCGUCAUGGAGCUCGGCUCCAAUCCCCUGAAGAGCGCGGGGAUCGAUUCCGGCGCUUUUGCCGACCUCAAGAGAGUCUCCUACAUUCGCAUUGCGGACACUCAGAUUACAGAGAUCCCGCAAGGUCUGCCCAGCUCACUCUCUGAAUUGCACCUGGAUGGAAACAAAAUCUCCAAGGUCACCGCUGAGAGUAUGAAAGGCCUCAAGCAGCUAGCCAAGCUGGGUCUGAGCCAUAAUGAGAUCAGCCUGGUGGAGAACGGCACCCUGGUGAACGUCCCCCACCUGCGGGAGAUCCAUCUCGACCACAACGCCCUGACCGUCGUGCCCCCCGGCCUGCCCGACCACAAAUACAUCCAGGUGGUCUACCUCCAUGUCAACAAGAUUGGCGCGGUGGGAACGGAGGAUUUCUGCCCCCCCGGCUUCAAUACAAAGAAGGCCAUGUACUCGGGCAUCAGCCUCUUCAGCAACCCCGUUCCCUACUGGGAAGUGCAGCCCAUCACCUUCCGUUGCGUCUUCGACCGCUCCGCCAUCCAGCUGGGCAACUACAGGAAGAAGUAGAGCGGCUCUCUGCCCGACACCCCCCUCCCCCUCCACCAUCCUUUACCACCACAGCCACCACAAAGGAAGUGUGCAUUUGUAAAUGAGCGUGUGAAAGUGUGUGUGUGUGUUUGACCACUGACCGUCACCCUUCUGACCCAACUCUUUCCUGAUGGUGGACAUGGACCUCAAGCACAUUUUUUGUUUGACUACAUUUGUUUUUAGACCGGUAUUCAACUCGGUUUUGGUUGGUCGUUAAAAAAAACAAAAAAACAAAAACAAAAAAAAAAACGGCUUGCAGCAAACACGCGCUGCAUAUCAUUGGUAGAGCCGUAAUAUAUUCUCACACUCAUACUGUAGCAUAGUCAUGCGCAUCAUAUGGGACGGUUAUUAAUUUUUUAAUUUUUUUUUUUUGAAGACGAGGCCUGUGGAGCAGGCGGGAAAGCCGAGAAAGUUUUCAAUCAUUUCUGUUUUCGAGAAGGCGUGACUUCCAUCACUUUGCUCACGCUCACUACUCGUCUCCUCUUUCAUUUUUUGCUGUUCAGUGAGAACCAAGGUUCAUUUCUAAAUUUAGAAUAAACCAUAUAUGUUUAAAAUGUCAUGCCCAAAAAUUUAUAUGCAUGCUUUUAUUCCUGCUAUUUUUUUCCGGAAUCGCUUCCUAAUGUUCUUUUCCCCUGCUACCUUUUUUUGUUUGUUUUCAAAAGCAGGGUGUCCCCGCUGCACCCCUAAGUCGGUGUGAAUGUUUUAUGUAUAGACACUGUAUAUAAAUGCUGUAUAAAAACCUCUCAUUGCAUAAAAAAAAAAAAAAAAGGCACAAGCACUUACCAUAGCUUAAACUCUUAAUAUAUCAGCAA